AUGGCCAGUUCGAGACUUUCUAGUCUGAAGGAAGCAGACAAAAGGAACCCCACCAAGGGCCGGGCUCGUACCAGACUCGCAGCUCCUUCCCACCCUUCAUCAGAGGGUACCUCAGUGGUGCACAAGCUGAUCCAGGGGGUCGGCAGUAUCACGUCAGUCAUCCAGCUUAAAGAAUCCGUACAGGCCUUUAGACACCAACGGGUGGCAUCGAACAUGGGCCUGCCACAAUCGACCAAGGAAAUCUGGAACCGUCUGGACCUAUUGGAGAACAACACCCACACGAACAACAUCCUUCAUCGCUUGUUUCUGGUCCAGCUAGACCUGCGACGGAAGGAAUUGAAUGUGAGUAUGAAAGGGAUUGUUAAAAAAGUACCAUCAUGGGUGAUUGAUAGGAUCGCCAAAGAUGCCGAAGAAGGAGACCGAACAAAAGUCAUCUCUCGACUUCAUGCCGGCGUGGUCUGGAGUACCAUCUCCGACGAGUUUUCCACCGGCGUUCUGGCGCUGAUCCCCACUCAAAAGGCCCACUGGCCCAGCAACACAGCGGUAGAGAAACUAAACCAGAAAGAUCUAGCCGGGUUUCUGAAUAAAGCCAAGAACGACCGUUAUUCCCUCAUCAAGGGAGCAGCCCAAAGGGUCACACGGCUGAUCCCCUUAUUCGAGGGGAAGGGAUGUGAGGCCAUGCUCAAGAUGGAGCAAGUUGGCGUCGAAGUCCUGCAGCAUAUCCAGAACGAAUCCGAUAUACUGCAAUUCCUGGAUUGUCUUUGA